AUGUCCAAGCAAGUUUCUCCAUCUCCGAUUCUCACGCCGCAGUUGACACCCUCCGUCACGGGUUACGUGAGCACCAAGCUCUGGGAUGAACGACCGGCAAAGUACGCCAAACAUGUGCUCAAGAACGUCUGCAUCAUUCUGUUCAUCCUCACGGUCUUCAGUCAAGUCGCGAACUUCGCCAUCUCCCAGUCACUCAAAAACUUUUUCGUGAAGUUGGGUUGGUCCAACAAGGGCUCCACAUCGAUCAAGUUGACCUACGACUCGCUCUGCCAGUUCAUGUGCAUUGUGGCCGGGUACAUCUCGGACGAACGCCUCGGCAAGUUCAAGACUCUGCUGUCGGCUGCCACACUCGAUUGCUUUGGCCUUCUACUCAUCGUUAUUGCUGCACUGCCAGCUGUUCUAAACCACGUCGGUGCGAGCAAGAUCAUCUUCAACAUCGGUUUGUUCUUCGGUGUCGCCAUUUCCCAAGUCUGCCUUCGGUCGCUCGUGGUCUCGUACGAUGGCGAUCAAUUCUCGCCCACCGCUCCUCCAACCGAAAAGUCCCUCUUUUUCAGCAUCCAGUACGCGGUCGCCAGCGUCGGUGCAUUGAUCGGCUUCGGAGUGUUUCCUUACGUCUCCAUCCACGGAGUCGGCGCCAUCCCCGCCGAGUAUGGCUACUUCAGCGUGUACGUCAUCGGCUUUGUGAUGAUUGUCUUCUUCCUGGCAACGCUUUGGGCCUUCCGCAAGCGCUAUGUGAACGUUGCUCCGAAAAAGGACUCUAUCAGCCUCGUGAUCAAGAUUGUGGCGAAGCAUGCUAAGAGGAACUUCAGCGCCAAGAUGAUCGUUCUUGGGACGAUUCUGUACAUUGCUGCGUUUGUGCUGAGCAUCGCGGCCUCGUUCCUGUCGGACCACGGCGAAGUUGGUCACAACAUCUCGUACGCGUGUGGAGUCAUGAUCGUCGUUGCGACGGUCCUCUGGGUCUACUUCGGUCGUAGCUCGGAGUUCAUGGAAUCCGCCAAAGACACGCUGGGCGGUCGAUUCGACAGUGAGCUUGUGGACGGCGUGAAGAAAGUCAUUCGGAUUCUGCCUUUCAACGCGUUCUCCGUUGUGUUUUGGAUGUGCGAGAACCAAGGUGGCAACAACCAGUCGAUUAUGCAGCAAACGGACGUGCGUCUAGGCAGCAGUCUGGACGCAACUCAAGUACCUGGGCCUACGAUUCAGAUGUUCAACCCCGUUGGCUGCAUUCUCUUCGUCCCGCUCACGGAGAAGGUGAUCUAUCCCUUGUACACAAAGUACGCGGGCAAGCCUCCGAGCCUUUAUGGGAGGGUGCUGGCCGGGUACUGCGUCAUCGCCGUGGCAAUGUUCUGGACUGGCUGCUUCGAGGUUGUCCGACGCAGUACUUCUCCGCUGACCUACGUGGACGCGAACGGGGAGACCAAGUUUAUUCUAAACGACGACGGAGACCAAGUGAUGAAUGCGAUUCCGUGGUGGACAGGUAUCCCCCAAUACCUGCUGAUCGCCUUGGCGGAGGUGCUCGCUGUCGUGCCGCAGAGCAUGCGUAGCACGUCUAUCGCUCUAACUUUCUUCGCCAACUCCAUGGGAAGUACGCUGCUCUCGGUGCUUGUGCUGCUCCUCGGCAAGUACAUUCCUGCAGACCUGAACAACGGUCACAUGGAGUACGUGCACUUCACUGUCGGCAGCAUCAUGGUCGCUACAAUUGGAGUCUACGUCGUGGUGAUGAAAAAAAUGCAGCUGGGAAUGAUUCCUUCUGUAGGCAAAGACGGUCAUCAGGAAGUCGAGGAGGCAACGAUCAGUCCAGUGUACUACGACGACCAACUCGCUGGAAUGACAUCAAGAACGAGCAGGGGGCAACGCAUCUAA